UGACUCUCUCUCUCUCACUUCGUCAAGCCGCACCACUACUCUUCGCCAUCGUCCCACCGUUGUCGUCGUCACUCCGUGCCACCGUCGUCAUCACUCCGUGCCACCAUCAACGUCGUCACUCCACCACCGUCCAGGGGAUCGUGGGGAGAUCGCCGCAGAGGGGUUGUGAAUAAGGCCAUUUUGAGCGGAUGUCGGGCCCCACUUGAUGAUACACACCCUCAUUUUAGCCUUCUAUAUGAUGAGUCAGAGGACUUGGAUGAGAUGCAGCCACCCAAGUUUGCGAAGUAGGCUAAUGCUCAAUCGGAUUCACUGCAGCAGGAGGUCAUGGCACUGCAGCAUCAUCCCCCUGCAGGCACACCGCAGUGAUGUAUGGUACGUGGCCCUAGUAGGGGCCUCAUCUUGGAGAAAUAUAUACAUACCCACAAUGAAAAGCCAAAAGUAUAACUAUUUCAAGGUCAUCCAAUUAGUACAGAGGUGAGUAUAGUCGUCAAUGAGAUCAGUCUAUUCAUGUGGAAUCAUUUUUCGUGGGCCACUGAAAGUUUCAAGCACGUCGUCUCGCGAUUCUGCGAUGCCCUUGUCUUUCACAUCAAGGAUAACAUUAAGUUCGAGGAUUGCACCGACGAACAAGUGACGACAUGCAUCCUCAAAAUGGCUGCAAAUAGAUAUAGAGAUCGACGAUGUAGGCUUCAUAUGCACUGCAAUGAUCUACGAGGACUAUCUGAGGUCAGCAUCUAUGAAAAAUUCUAUCAGAACAAGAGUGGCCAGUUUGUAACCAAGGAGGCGAGGAAACAUCAUUUUAUUGUGAAGAAAAAACUAUUAGAGCUGAGAGAGCAGAUGAUGAGGAAGGUUGGAUCUGACAGCGAUGCUGAAUCACAAUCUAUUUGUUCGAUGACUGACGAUGCAAUCCUAGAUGCAGUCCUUGGGCGGCAACUAGGGUGUGAACACAGCAUGCAUUUCUCGAAAAAAAUUUAUUACAGUUCAUCGUCUGACCAAUCCAGAUGACUGAUGAUGCCUCGAUUCUAGAGGCAAGAUAUUGAUGAGCUCGAUGCAGGGUCAAAUUGAUUACUGGAUGAAUCAUAGCCAAACACUCAAGAGGAUAAUAGCCACGAUGGCGAGAUGGCUCGAUAUUGAUGCCUUCGAGUUAGCACCUCUACAGCCGCAUAAUAUCAUCUCUUUACAACCAUCGAGGCACAUAUCAGGUCAGGGAUCGAUGCCUGGAGAAGAGAAUAAGGUCAGCGAUUUUGAUGAUGCAUAGUUUGUAGAUUUUUAUGUUUUGGAUGGUGGAUGAACUCGUACUUUUGUAAUUCGUCAAUGAUAGAUAUGAAAUUUGAUGAUGCUUGGAUUUG